AUGUCGUAGACAACUAGCCCAGUAAAGUCAUAUAGGUAAUAGUAGUCAUUUAAUGCAAGUAAUACAUUAAGUGGAACAAAGCAGUUCUUUGAAGAAGUUAAACAAAAACUGUAUCCACAUGAAUAGGUGCUAUUGAUGAAAGAAUUUUUAGAUACAUCAGCUUCACCAACAAAGGGAUUUUAGGAUGGAAACAAUGAAUUCAGUAGAACAAAUACUUUAGACCAAACAACAGAUAGUGCAUACUAUUUUUAAUAGACUCCUGGAAAGGAAAUAUAAGAUCUUUUAAAAAAAUUUUGUUGCCUAGAUUGUAGUAUUCACAAAAUUCGUUAAUAUGAUCAUAUCUGCAGCUCAGAAAAUUGUGAAUAAAAUAAGAUUCUUUACUGUUCUUAAUGCUUAUUAGAAGAUGAAAAUCACACUAGAUUACAUAAAAGUUAGUUUAAGCCUCUUGAGCAAUAUUUACCUUAAAAAAUUGACAAUUUAAGUGGUGAAACAUAAAGCAAAAGGGUAAGAAGAAUGAUGAAAGAUAUAAUAUAGUUGAAGGAUGAGUUAGAUUCGUAAGAGCAAGAGCUAUGUAAUAGAAUUGAAAGUGAUUUCAAUGAAAUUGAAUAAAAUGUGAAAGCUUACUGCUAGUUAAUCAAAGAAAAUCUAUUUACUAAGGUAAAAUAAAAUACCACUGAUAGGACAAAAGAUCUUAAGAGUCUUCUUGUUCUUAUUUAAGAACAAGAAUAAGUUCUCUGGAAAGAAUAAGAAGAGAUUCUAAAAGAUUUUAAAAACAUUUUAACCCAAAAUUUUAACUAUAAUGAUUUGAUUUAAGUAAAUGCUUUUGCUAGAAAAGUUCGUGCAAAGACAAAUCGCUUCACAAUCGAUCCUCAUUUGUAACUAGGAGAUGAAAAAAUAGCUUGCUUCAGGUAAUAGGAAGCUGAAAGUAAAAUUUCAUCAUAUAAUACUGAACUCCUUGAAAAAAUUAAAAAAACAAUUUAUGAUGCUCUACAAUAACCAUUUGCGAAUGAACAGUACAUUGAUUUUGCUCCAAAAAAUUUCAAAGUUGAAACAGGUAGCAGAUUAAUGGCUUCACUAAGAGGUACAGGAAUUUCCUUACCAAAUAGCAGCAGUAUAUUUGAGCCAUGUUUUGAUGAUAAAAAAAUAUGUAUCAACUAAAUGAUAUUAUUUGGAUGUGAUUAGCAAUAAAACAAUACAGAAACUGUAAAAAACGUAUAAAAUUUAGUAAAAUAUUCUUUACAAAAUGAAAUAGUUGCUUAAACUACACAUAAAAUGGCCAUUAAUUCAAUUGCUGUUAUCGAUACAAACACAUUUGCUUGUGUCUCAAACGAUGCUAAAUUAAAAAUUUGGGGAAUCACUCCUACAAAUUUAGUUCUUCAUGAGAGAGCUUCUGUAGACUAAAAGGACUUGUGCUUGAGUCUCAAAUAUUAUGAACCUAAGAAGUAUCUUCUUUGUGGUAUGAGUCAUCCUACUAUUGAGAUGUAUGACAUAUCUUAAGAUAUUACAAAACCUCAAUUAAUUAGAACUUUCGAAGGACAUGAAAGAACUGUACGAUAAAUUUCUUUAUUACCUAAAUAAAAUGGUUUUGCCACAAUCUCGUAUGAUGAAAAGCUAAAGUUUUGGAAUUUCGAAUAAUCUAGUGCUUAAGUUACUUUCAAUUAUAGUACAGAUGUGCGAGUUAUGGAUUCAAAUGAUAAUUUUGUUGUGCUUGGAUGUAAUAAAGAUUCUUCAAUUAUGGUCUUUGAAAUAGAAGCAUAGUAUUCUGAUAGAAGCUUUUUUAAGAAUUUUAAAUUUAAAGGCUAAGUAAAGAAUGUAACAUAAGUUAAUUAAGUAACUUGUGUUUCUUUAUUCUAAAAGGCUUAUUAAUUAGUUCUCUGUGGUGCUCAUAGUGGUUUAAUUUCAUUGGUAGAUCUUUAAACAUCCCAAAUCCUUAAAAGGUUUGAUUCUCAUAAGAACAGAGUUUUUUCAAUAAAUCCUAUUGAAGUACAAAUUCCUCAAAACUAUAUCUCUCCCACAGCAUCAAAAUAUAUCUAGCCAGGAUUUGAACUUUCUUUCAUUAGCACCUCUUGGGAUGGAAAAAUAAUUGUUACGGAUAUUUAAUCAGGCUAGCAAGUAACGAACACCUCAUAUGUCUUAGCUAACGAUAAAAAAAAGCAUUGGAAUACAGAUGGAACUAAAUUAAUAUCUACUGUGUACAAACCUCCAUAAAAAGACAGUUAAGUUACUCAUUCAGGUGGUUCUUAAGAUUACAGAUUAUUCUCAAUAGGUAAUGAUGAUCGCAGAGUUUAAGUAUUUAAAUUGAGUAUAAGCCAUAAUUGA